ACGCGGUGCCCACACCACACACACCAGCACUUGGCCGUGUGAGUGCGCCGCCACAUCACAUCGACAGCAGCAGCUCGAAAAAAAAAAAAAAAGGAAGAAAAAAAAAAAGAAAGAACAGCGCCCCGGCGCGUCUUACACACACACACACACACAUACACACACUGUGGAAAAAAUUAUGAAUUCAUUUCUUUGAUUUCCAACUGGGCCUAUUGCAACAUUUUUUUUUUUUUGUUUAGUGCGCUUCGUGUGAGUUCAUUUGCAUCUUUCAAUUUCGUGGAGUGAAUCCGUGUGUGUGCAAUCUAUUGUGAUGACAUUGUCGGAUGUGAAUCAAGUGACCUUACCAUUGGCCGACAGUUUCUAAAGUUUCAACAAAGCAAAAGAAGUUAAAAAAAAAAGAAAAAAAAAAAGAAACGAAAAGAUCGGCACAAAAUAGAUACAUUCGUUGUCUUGUUCGACAGGCCGGGACGCGCCGUUUAGUGAAUCAACUGUGUGUGUGUGUGUGUGUCUCUUUCGAGUGUUCGUUCAUUUUCUAUCGUCUUCGACCUUUUUUAUUUUUUUUUAUUAUUAUUUUUUCGUUUUCGAUCGUCUUUUUUUAUUUCUUCUUCUUCAGAAACGCCGCGUGUGUGAGUGUGGGUGCCUUUUGUUCCCCCCCCCCCCUACCGAUACUCUCUGUCUACAUUAAGACACCCUGUUUUGCAUAUUUGCCCGCGAGGAGUCUCUCGUUAGUUCAACACAAAAAACGGCCGACGGCCAUUUAAAAAAAAACAAAAAAAACGGAAGGGAACGUUAUAAGAAACAGACAACAACAACAUCUCGGGUCAAAAUUGGACGGGAAGAUACGACUGGCGCAUUUUGAAUGAUUGCAGCCCGGCACGGUUUCAUCGGUGGUUAAGAAAAAAAAAAUCGCCCGUCCACCAAUGUAGUGGGGAGUGCCGUCUUGAAGAAAAAGACAAAAAUAAGUUGGAACAUACGGCAGGUGGUGUUUUCGAAUUGUGCGCAAAUGAGGCCGACCAAUUUGACAUUGGACGUUUGAAUUAAAAGGGAACGCGCGUGUUGUUUCUCGCCGUGUCGCCUAUGCGCUUCCAACCCGCCAAAUAGAAAACUCGUUUUUUUUUCCCUCUCUCUCUCUCUCUCUCUCUCGCUGGCCAACGAAAAAUUGAUUAACUGUGUGUGUGUGUGUGUGUGUGCAAUUGCAGCUGAUUGCAAACACAAGUGGGGGAAACUCGUUUCAUUUUUUUUUUAAAGCCAUUUCCGUUUUUUUUUUCGAUUCCAAAAUUGGAAAUAGGCGAAACGAGCCAAAAUAGCAAGUCUCGUGUAUUGUGUCUGUGUGUGAGUGUUUUUUUUUGUUUUUUAUCUUGGUGAAAUUGUUGGCAUCAAAGUGUGAGGGCAAAGGGCGUUCCGUUCGUGUGCCAUGGCGCAAUUUGGACACACGGUCAGCGCGAUCAACAACAGCACCGGUUCAACAUCGACAACGUCGUCUACAACGACGACCACUGCAGCGGCCAACAGCACGAACGCUGCCGCCGGCUCAACAGCCGGCCACCAGGGGGCGAUGAGUAGCGGCAGUUGCAGUAGCAGCAGUAGCAGCACAGGUAGCGCUAGCAACGAACGAAGUCUUCGCCUGAUGGCCACUUCUUCUUCUUCGUCUUCGGCAACGGCCGCCAUUUCGACAACGACGCCCUUGAUCUUGUCCUCCCCUCGGACGCCACCGACGCUCGUUGCGCCCUCGUCGGGAUGCUGUUGCGAUGGCAGCCGGCCAUUAGUGCCCGAUCCUCUCACAGGUCAACCGAUUUGCGCUUGCCAAUUGGAAUCGGGUUCGGCUUCUUCGGCAUCGACAGCGGCCAUGUUGCUGGGUCUGCCCCGAUUGGGCAGCAUGGCCACGACGACGACGACGACGAGCUCAUCGCCGGGCGCCACAUCGGCGGUGGGCCUAGGCCUCGGCCUGAGUCUCUACCAUCCUUACCACCACCACCACCAUCACCAGCAGCAGCAGCAGCAACAGCAACAGCAACAGCACGACCUGGUCCACCAUCACCAGGCGGCGGCCGCUGCUGCCGCUGCCGCUCACCAACAGCAGCAGCAACAACCUUUCCUGACCCCCGAUCAAUCAUCAUUCUAUGCAGCUGCUAACGCGGGUCACGACCUGAAAGAUUCGGCAUUGGCCUUCAACGGAGCUGCAGCCGCGGCAGCAGCUGCCGCUGGAUGGCCCUAUCCAUCAAUGUAUUAUCCUUACGAUCCGGCAAUGUCUGCCUAUCCCUUUGGCGGAUACGGCAUGGAUUUGAACGGCUCGCGCAGGAAGAAUGCGACUCGCGAAACGACGGCGACGCUCAAGGCCUGGCUGUCGGAGCACAAGAAGAACCCGUACCCGACCAAAGGCGAGAAGAUCAUGUUGGCCAUCAUCACGAAAAUGACGCUGACCCAAGUCUCCACCUGGUUCGCCAACGCCCGACGACGACUCAAGAAGGAGAACAAGAUGACGUGGGAGCCGAAAAAUCGCAACGACGACGGAGACGAUGACGACGACGACGACAGCGAUGCCGAGCCGUCUAAAGAUCACAAACGAUCCUCUUCAGACGGACGGGACGGAGUGUUGAACUCGGUGGAGGGCAGCGCGGCUCACCAUCGGUCGUGGAACGGCGUGACAUCGGCCGGAUCGGGUCACAUGAUGGACGACCACCACCACCACCACCACCACAACCAAUUGCAUCGGUUGCACAAUCACCGACACCAUCGCGACAGCGAAGACAACAUCGACGUCAUGCUGGACAGCGACGAAGAGGAGCUGGAUCUUCUGAGUUCCGGUGGCGAUUCCGCCUGUUUAUCGCCGCCGGCCGAACACCAUCACCUUCACCAUCACCACCACCACCCGCAUCAUUUGGCGCAUCAUCUGACGUCGACGGGCGUCGCGCACAGUUCCUCCUCGUCGACGACGACGUCGACAAACAGCAAGCCCAAGAUCUGGUCGCUGGCCGAUAUGGCCGGCAGUCAGCCUAGUCAUCAAGUAGUAGCGUCGGCCACGGCCGCUGCCGCCGCCGCCGCUGCCGCCGCUGCCGCCGGUUCGCCUCAUCACACGGCGGCGGCGGCGCUGAUGCAACAGCAGCAGCAGCAGCAAGCGGCCGCAGCCGCCGCCGUCGCCGCCGCCGCCGUUUUCCCGCUGCCUUUCGGCCCGCUGUCGCAAGCGUUUGGUCUCAGGUCGCCUCACAGCAGUUUCUUGCCUCCCAACAACAACAACAACAACAACAGCACCACCGGCCCAGGUGGUGGCAAACUGUUCUCGCCGCGAUUACCACCGUCUUCACCUUACCUGGACGCCGUGGCCGGCUCGCCUUACGGUAGGCCUACGACGGGUGUCUACCGGUACGCGGCCGGCGGAGCACCGCCGGCCAAUGCGGCGGGGAUGGCCAGUGCUGCGUUGACUUCGACGCCAUCGAAUAACGCGUCGCCUUACAAUCACUUGAGGAGCGGCAACAACAUGGCGGCCGGUGGGCCCACGGCAGCCGGAUCGGCCGGCGAAGCGGCCUCGAUGGCGUUGGCCUACAAUCAGCUCAUGUCGAGCAUGGCUGCGCAUUUCCAGCAGCAGCAGCAGCAACAGCAGCAACAACACCUUCACCACCAGCACGCAUUGGCUCUACCUGGCAACGCUGCUAAUAGCACCGCUAAAUUAACAGGUGCCGCUUCUGCUACCUCACCUGGCGUCCUGGAGAACCUGGAAAAAUUGGCCGCCCUAGCGUCGGGCUCUUCGUCCUCCUCGGCUAAUAAUCGCACCGAUAUCAAGAGCAGCGUUGCCGGUAAUUGACGCCCAAUUGUUUUUUUUUUUUCUCUUAUUCUCCAUAAAAGAGACACUCGCAAAAUGUUUCUUUUUAACCAACCUAU